GCAGGUCUUACGGCCACAGCCACAUUCGAUCUACACAGUCACCGGUCCAUGGAGUCGUACCGCCAAGAUCAGGCGAGACGGAGAUACGCAGCUGCCCCGCGUCCAUUCCGGCCACCGACAUUUGCAGGACGCGGCUUCGACACGGCCACACCAAUGCCUGCGAUCGAAGUAGCGCAGCAAGGGGACUUGAUCGGCCUGGCCCGGGACGCAUCUUUCGCACCGCCCCGGCACCCUGCGGCUCUGCAGAAUGUUCCUGGCACUGCGCCAUCUUCAUAUUCAGCAUCGAGGCCAGCGGCUUCAAACAGCUCGUCUCCGCACCACGGCCCCAGCAUGAGCAUGGGAGGCGGCGGUAGCAGCAGCAACCACAGCCAACCUCAACAGCAACAGCGGGGUCCCAACGGAGAGCGCUACGUGCACAUUCCUCGACGUGACAAGCACACCCCCGCAGCUGUCAUCAAGAUUCUAGACGAUCACGAGCCGCCGCGGCGUCCCCCACCAACAAUGACCGCAGCAGAACAGAACGCACCGCGUCAACGCCCGCAGCCAGGCACUGCAGUGAAUACUGUGCGCCCGGUUUUAUCCUCUGCACAACACUUCCUGACCAAUGUGAAGCAGCAAUUCAAGCAACCGCUCUCCCAGCCGAAUGUAUCUCAGAGCAACAAUCCGGUACAGCCGCCUGCACCGAUAUACCACCCACUCCACGGCUACAAGCCACCUGCCGAUAAUGUCUACUCCACAACGCAUCCCACGAAUAAGGUGCGGCCGCUAGACGCUGAUCCUCUGGGCGAAGGACCCAAACCAUCGCUUUAUGGGGGGCCGAUGAUCAAACCUGAAGAGCGGGACAGACAGCUGCAAGAAAUGAUCUCGAACAUGGUCGACUUGUCCGAUGUAGAUCCUGCUCGGUCUCGCAUCACAGGCCUCACCUGUGAGCUGAUGCCGCAUCAGAUCCAAGGCGUCAACUGGAUGGUGCAGCGCGAGAAAGGAAAAGAGAAAGGUGGCAUCUUGGCAGACGAUAUGGGCCUCGGGAAAACGGUGCAAACGCUGGCGCUGAUUGUCAGCAAUCGACCGAGUCUGGAAACUUCAACAAUCCGCUACAUCGAAGAGGCUGCCAAGUCUGCGAAUAGUAAAAAGGCAAAUAGCGACAUCAGCGGCGCAGGGAAUGGGCCUAGCCGGCGAGAGAUUGAGCUCAAAAGCCAGACCACGCUCAUUGUCGCUCCGCUCGCAGUCAUUCGGCAGUGGGAGCAGGAGAUCAAGACAAAGAGCGAUGCCGGCCUCAAAGUCUAUGUUCAUCAUGGCACCGGCCGCGCCAAGUCGGCAGAGUCGCUGAAAGGCUACGAUGUCGUCAUCACAACAUACACCACAGCCGCAGCUGAAUGGGGCAACACACUCGAGGGGCAGCAGUCAGUCAAGUCGAAGAGGAACGGAAAGGGAAAGGGUAAAGAUGAAGAGGAACCGGAGUGGGAUUCCAGCAGCGACUCGGAUAGUGCCAAUGAUAGCGGCGACGGCAAAGACGACAGUGACAGUAGUGUCGAGGUCGUCAAAGGCCCCGGGCGACAGACGAUUGCGCUCAGGGUCAGGUCGCCUAGCAAGCCCAAAGGUUCCAAGGCGAAGAUGGGUGGCACUAGGCGCAUGCCAAAGAAGGCGACGUGCGCUCCUGCACCUCUUUUCGACAUGCAUUGGCUACGCGUGGUGCUGGACGAGGCGCAAAACAUCAAGAACCAUCGUGCAAAGUGCUCGCUGGCCAGCUACGCGCUCAGUCGCAAAGCGCACGCCAAGUGGUGUCUGUCAGGCACGCCAAUCCAGAACACGAGUUACGAGCUAUAUUCGCUGAUUCACUUCCUCGGGAUUCCUCCCUUCAACGAAUACCGGCACUUCAAGGAGAAGAUCGGCGAGCCGUUGCAGAGCACAAACCAGAAUCGCAUCAACUGGGGGCUGAAGCGCCUGCGCAUUGUGCUCGGCGCCAUCAUGCUCCGCAGGACAAAGGACGCGGAGCAUGAGGGAAAGAAGAUCCUCAGCCUGCCUCCGAGGGAGGUGCAGAUCGUGGAGACCGACUUUGAGGACCCGGCCGAGCGUGAGUUUUACAGCGCGCUCGAGCGCAAGAUGCAGGAAACGCUGAAAGAGGCGCAGCAAGAGGACGGCAAGAUCAAUCGCAUGGGUGCGCUCGUCAUGCUGCUGCGCUUGCGGCAGGCUUGCAGUCAUCCCGCGCUAACGAUGAAGAAUAUUGCUGUCGACGCUUUAGCCAGCACUCCCGGCUCCUCGACGUCAAAGUCGAUUGCGGGUAGCAGCAGCAACCAGAUCCAAAGCAAGACGACGGGCAGCAACGCAAGCGACACGGAUGAGGCGGAUGACUUGGUCAGCGCGCUUGCCGGUCUCACAGUCGGGCAGAAUUGCGACAUGUGUCGUGUACAGCUCGGACCGGGCUCCGGCCCUCGGUGCGAGGAUUGCCAGCAAGCCAUCAAGCGCUCCGCUGCUUCCGGCCGCGAUUGGCUCAGUCCUGGGCGUACAUCGACCAAGAUCAACACGAUGGUUCGCAUGUUGACAGACUUCCACAAGGAUGCACCAGCCGAAAAGGCGAUCGUGUUCAGUCAGUUCACCAGCUUUUUGGACCUCGUCGAGCCUUUCCUCAAGGAAGAGGGCCUCAACUAUGUUCGCUACGAUGGUUCGAUGCGUCCCGAUGCGCGCGAAACAGCCCUGCAUACAAUCAAGAACCGCGACGAUUGCAAGAUAAUUCUCAUCUCGUUCAAAGCCGGCAGCACGGGUCUCAACUUGACUUGUUGCAGCCGGGUCCUGCUGAUGGACCUGUGGUGGAACCCGCAGAUCGAAGAGCAAGCUUUCGAUCGCGCACAUCGACUGGGCCAGACGCGCGCCGUACGCAUCUACAAGCUCUCGGUCAAAGACAGCGUGGAGCAACGCCUGCUGGACAUCCAAAAGAAGAAACGCGAGCUCGCGAAUUCAGCGCUGACGGGCGAGAGGUUGCAAAAGGGCAAGAAGAGUCAGCUCAGCUGGGUCGAGCUGCUCUACCUCUUUGGUGCAGAGCCCUGAGUUCAUUCGAAGGUACAGAAGGCUAAUCCAAGCAUUUUUCUCACGCCCACAUUCUUAAAGUUCUCUGUAGCAUAGAUGAGCAGCCAAGAUACCCAUUUCUUUGUACAU